AGCGAGGUGUCCCCGGCGAUCUCGGGCGGCAUCGGGAGGCGAAUGGCCCCGUGACCACAUCUUUUCCUUUUCUCCGCGCAGCGCCUCCCAGGACCGCCGACGGCCCGGCCGCCCGCCGCAGCCAUGCUCCUGGCGCGGAUGAACCCGCAGGUGCAGCCGGAGAGCGGCGGGGCGGACCCCGAGGCCGCGCAGCCCCUGCAGGCGCGCAAAGCCGCGGAGCUGCUGGUGGUGAAGGAGCGCAACGGGGUGCAGUGCCUGCUGGCGUCCCGCGGGCGCGAGGAGCCGCCCCGGGAGACCUGGGGCAAGAAGAUCGACUUCCUGCUGUCGGUGGUGGGCUUCGCGGUGGACCUGGCCAACGUGUGGCGGUUCCCGUAUCUCUGCUACAAGAACGGCGGCGGUGCCUUCCUGAUCCCGUACACGCUGUUCCUCAUCAUCGCUGGGAUGCCCCUCUUCUACAUGGAGCUGGCUCUGGGCCAGUUCAACCGGGAAGGGGCAGCCACCGUGUGGAAGAUCUGCCCGUUCUUCAAAGGAGUCGGCUACGCCGUGAUCCUCAUCGCCCUCUACGUCGGCUUCUACUACAACGUCAUCAUCGCCUGGUCCCUCUACUACCUCUUCUCCUCGUUCACCUUCCACCUGCCCUGGACCGACUGCGGCCACCCCUGGAACAGCCCCAACUGCACCGACCCCAAGCUCCUCAACGCCUCCAUGCUGGGCAACCACACCAAGUACUCCAAGUACAAGUUCACGCCGGCUGCAGAGUUUUACGAGCGCGGCGUCCUGCACCUGCACGAGAGCGGCGGCAUCCACGACAUCGGCCUGCCUCAGUGGCAGCUCUUGCUCUGCCUGGUGGUGGUGGUCAUCGUCCUGUUUUUCAGCCUCUGGAAAGGCGUGAAGACGUCAGGAAAGGUCGUGUGGAUCACGGCCACGCUGCCUUACCUGGUGCUGUUUGUGCUCCUGGUCCAUGGCAUCACGCUGCCCGGCGCCUCCAACGGCAUCAGCGCCUACCUGCACAUCGACUUCUACCGCCUCAAGGAGGCCACGGUAUGGAUUGAUGCUGCCACUCAGAUAUUUUUUUCCCUGGGGGCUGGAUUUGGAGUCUUGAUUGCAUUCGCCAGUUACAACAAAUUUGACAACAACUGCUACAGGGACGCCCUGCUCACCAGCACCAUCAACUGCGUCACCAGCUUCGUCUCGGGGUUUGCCAUCUUCUCCAUCCUCGGGUACAUGGCCCAUGAGCACAAGGUCAACAUCGAGGAUGUGGCCACUGAAGGAGCUGGCCUGGUCUUCAUCCUGUACCCGGAAGCCAUCUCCACCCUGUCGGGGUCCACCUUCUGGGCUGUCGUGUUCUUCAUCAUGCUCCUGGCUCUGGGGAUUGACAGCUCAAUGGGAGGCAUGGAGGCCGUCAUCACGGGCCUGGCCGACGACUUCCAUGUCCUGAAGCGACACCGGAAGCUCUUCACAUUCGGGGUCACCUUCGGGACCUUCCUCCUGGCCCUGUUUUGCAUAACCAAGGGCGGAAUCUACGUGCUGACGCUGCUGGACACGUUUGCGGCGGGCACCUCCAUUCUGUUCGCUGUGCUCAUGGAGGCCAUCGGCGUCUCCUGGUUUUACGGGGUGGACAGGUUCAGCAACGACAUCCAGCAGAUGAUGGGGUUCAAGCCCGGCCUGUACUGGAGGCUGUGCUGGAAGUUUGUGAGCCCUGCCUUCCUCCUGUUUGUGGUGGUGGUGAGCAUCAUCAACUUCAAGCCACUCACCUACGAUGACUACAUCUUCCCACUCUGGGCCAACUGGGUCGGGUGGGGCGUUGCACUGUCCUCCAUGGUCCUGGUGCCCGCCUACAUCGUCUACAAGUUCCUGAGCACCCGGGGCUCCCUCUGGGAGAGACUGGCCUAUGGCCUCACGCCGGAGAACGAGCAUCACCUGGUGGCCCAGAGAGACGUCAGGCAGUUCCAGCUGCAGCACUGGCUGGCCAUCUGAGCCCGGCCCCAGGAGGGGGAGCCCCGCCCGCCAACGUCCAGGUCCAGGCGCCCGCUUCGCCGCCACCCAGACGCUGUCCGCUGUCUGGGAUCCCUCUCCCGGCAGAUGCUCCCCCGCCCCCCUUCCUCCCGUCCCCGUGACCCAUGAUUUUGUGACCCGGUUUUCCUUCGCCUUCUGUUCGUCGGGCCCCGGGGCUGUGAGCGUGGACUGGUGAGCCUCGGGGAGAAGAGGAGAGGUGGGAGCAGGAAUGACGACUUCUGUGGAACCCCUUUGGUUGGGGGGACGUCGCACUUAGAGAGCCAGCCGGCCCCAGCGGAGCCCACGCCUCGGGCCGAAUUCCCCGCCACGUCUGAUUGUCCUUUGGGCCAAGAAGAAACCUCGGUCCACCCAGUUGAGGGGGUCAGCCACUCCGCCCCCCCAAACCCGACCAAGACGCCUGCUGCGUUAGGGGUGGCCACACAGACCCUCCGUCUCCUGCCCCCCACCCCCACCCCAGCCGCCCUCUGGUGUCUGACCCGCGGUCAGGGAGCUUGCGUGUGUCUGUCCCGUCAUGAAGGUCCGUGGAGAGAUGCUUUGGGGACCUCAGACAGAAACCUCACCGUGGGUUUUCACUCUGGCCAAUCUGGGUCUGACAGGUGCCAUCUGGAACAUCCUUCCGGCCCCGGGCGGUCAGCUGGUCCAGAGCCACGGCUGUCACGGGAAGAACACAGAUGAGCCCCAGUGAGCAGCCUCCACAGAGGUGCCAGGCAGGCCCCCUAGAGGCCACACGAGGCCUCGCUCUGCUGGGCACAGGGGGCCCGGAAACCCACCCGGGGCUCCUGGGACCUUGGGGAGACUUGGGUCAGGAACCUAGUGAGGCCAGACAGGUGUCCCUACUACGGACCCUCUGUUGUCCUCCCAGGCCAGGUGGCGCCCGAGGGUGUCUGUUGAUGUAUUGUUCCCUGGACACCCCACCCAGCGUGGACCACGGGUCUCCACGGAUGGGGGGGGGGGUGGUCCCUGAAAACUCCCUUUGUCUCUCACUAUGGACGACACUUGGUACAUGGAGGGCAGGGUGGGCCCGGACACAUCGCUACCUGGUUAAGGGAACUGGACUCUGGGUGGGUGGAGCAGGUUGGAAUUUCCAGGUUGGCUGACAUAGCGACCCGCACGUGGCGCCCUCUGGUGGCGAGGGUGGUCAGUUCCAGCUCAUUGGGGGAAAUGAUGGGUUCCACUGGCCGCGUCCAUGUGGGGCUUCUGCUUCUGGGUUGAGGCUCUUGCACCCGUGUUGGAACUCUAGACUGGCCGGUUGUUACUCUGACGCUGGGAGUCGCUGUGGCAGAGUCUUGGGGAGAAAAAAGAGGCCACUUUACUUCACAAACCUAGGGAGGGUGUCGUGAGCCGGAUCGUGCUGACUGUGGAAGAAGGUUCUAUGGGAGCCAGCUGGGGGCAGGGAGGUGGUUUUCCGUGGAGCCAGGGUCUUCGGGGCAUUCUUUAG